CGGACCGGAAGUGACGCGGAGAGUUCCGGUUGGACGGACCCCCUGCGGCGGGUGUGAGUGUCGGUCAGGUGCCGCUUCCAGGAUCCUGAGAUCCAGAGAAGCCGGGGUCAGAGCGGCUCCUCAAGAGUUAUUGAUCUAUGAAAUGGCAGAGAAUGGAAAAAAUUGUGACCAGAGACGUGUAGCAAUGAACAAGGAACAAUAUAAUGGAAACUUCACAGACCCCUCUUCAAUGAAUGAAAAGAAGAAGAGGGAUCGGGAAGAAAGGCAGAAUAUUGUCCUGUGGAGACAGCCACUCAUUACCUUGCAGUAUUUUUCUCUGGAAACCCUAGAAAUCUUGAAGGAAUGGACCUCAAAAUUAUGGCAUCGUCAGAACAUUGUGGUCUCUUGUUUACUGCUGCUUGCUGUGCUUAUAGCUACGUAUUAUGUUGAAGGAGCACAUCAACAGUAUGUGCAACGUAUAGAGAAACAGUUUCUUUUGUAUGCCUACUGGAUAGGCUUAGGAAUUUUGUCUUCUGUUGGGCUUGGAACAGGGCUGCACACCUUUCUGCUUUAUCUGGGUCCACAUAUAGCUUCAGUUACAUUAGCUGCUUAUGAGUGCAAUUCAGUUAAUUUCCCUGAACCGCCCUAUCCAGAUCAGAUUAUUUGUCCAGAUGAAGAGGGCAUUGAAGGAUCUGUUUCUUUGUGGAGCAUCAUCUCAAAAGUUAGGAUUGAGGCCUGCAUGUGGGGUGUUGGUACAGCGAUCGGAGAGCUGCCUCCGUAUUUCAUGGCCAGAGCAGCUCGACUCUCAGGUGCAGAACCAGAUGAUGAAGAGUAUCAGGAAUUCGAAGAGAUGCUGGAACAUGCAGAGGCUGCACAGGACUUUGCCUCCCGGGCUAAGUUGGCAGUUCAAAACCUAGUACAGAAGGUUGGAUUUUUUGGAAUUUUGGCCUGUGCUUCAAUUCCAAAUCCUCUGUUUGAUCUGGCUGGAAUAACAUGUGGACACUUUCUUGUACCUUUUUGGACUUUCUUUGGUGCAACCUUGAUUGGAAAAGCAAUAAUUAAAAUGCAUAUUCAGAAAAUCUUUGUUAUAAUAACGUUCAGCAAACACAUAGUGGAACAGAUGGUGGCUUUCAUUGGUGCUGUCCCCGGCAUAGGUCCAUCUCUGCAGAAGCCAUUCCAGGAAUACCUGGAGGCCCAGCGGCAGAAGCUUCACCACCGGAGAGAAAUGGGCACACCGCAGGUGAGACUGCCCUCUCCCGCCCACAGCGCAGGGCCUGCGCGCUCACCCGCACGAUGCACAGAUGGAGUGGGGUUGUUUGCCAGUCUUCCCCAACAAAAGUUCAGGCUACUGGGAAAUUUGUCUAAAUCAGAAAAUGUUACUUCUGUUUUGUACAUCUUCUCUGCAAAUCAAGGGUAGGGCUAGUGGAAAAUAAUAGAUCUGUUAUGUCAAAUGAGUUAUUGCCUUGAUCUUGAGUGAUUUAUUAGCAAGUAUACUUCCGGAAUGGAUUAAAAAGUUGAAAUGUAUUGCAUAACAAGGUAUGGGACUUUCUGAGUUCUCUUGAACAUCUCCCUUCAUUUUUGCACUAUUUGUCUUUUCAGAGGUGGGAAAAUAAUCAUUUUUUAAUAAAACAAAGCUCUUAAUAUAGCUGAGCAUAAAGACUUGAACUUAAACUAAGCCCGCCUUUUCUGUAACCUGUUCUGUGACAAAGGGAAAUGACUAGGAGAGGAUGAGUAAGCAAUACCCCGAGCUGGGAAACUUGAAGGAAGCAGAGCUGGGUGGUUUUGUUUGUUUUGGAUGGCCUCAUACUCUUAGGUGGCCCUUUGCUGCCCUCCGUUGACCAAACAUGAUUUCAGAAAUAGAUAACAAUUAUAUUUUAAAAGCUGCUCCCAUUACUGGAACAAGAACAUAUAACUAUCUUGACACUACCCUGUACACUACCCAAUAAAGUGUCUGCAAACUUUAUUCUUAUUCAGCAAAAGACAACGGAUGGCCUCACACUGCCCCGUUCUACACUGUAUGAAUCAACAUUGACUUUAUAGCCAACAAAGUGAGAUCUUAAUGACUGGGAGUGAAUGGGUCCGAUUGUGCAUUUCGGGGUAGCUAGAGACACAAGGCUUCUCUUCUUUAAUUGUUCAGGCUUUAUAAGUUUAGGCUCCCAUGGUCUCAUUAUUUUCCUUAAGACGUUGUACAUGAUCCCUGUUUUACUACUGAAAUGAUGAAGUGUUUCUCCUGGGUUGUUCUGCAUU